GUACAACAUGAUAUAAAAAGAAAAGAUUUGUUGACUGCAAUCAGUGUGACACAAAGUUGACCCGCACAACGAUGUUCAAGAUGUUGGUAUGCGCUUUGGUUGGUUUGGUUGCUUUUGCAAUGAUUGCAAGUGCGCAAAGACCUCAGCCUUGUGAGACCCCCGUGCAAUGGGAAGGAAAUUUGUUACAGUCUGCUCCCAAAAAGAUGAAUAAGACCAUACUCGCCAAGAUGUCUUACGAUGCUGUGAAUGAACGAGUCCACAUAAUAGACGAAGAUAGUCGUUCGGGAAAACUACCGUCCUUUGAGUACAUCAUGCUUUUUCGCGAGCGCCGUGUCUAUCGCAUCACAUACAACGAUAAGGACGAAAAAAUAUGCACCGCGUACAGGUUUUACAAGCCGUUCAGACCAGCAACAAUCCCAAAGAAUUAUUAUUACGCGACUGAAGAAUACAUUGGAUCCAGUUUGCCUGGAGCUGGGGUACUGGUUAAAGUGUUUUACGGAGAAUACGAAAGACGGGGAAGAUCAGGGGGUUACGGUAUCUCAGUAACAACAGAGGGAUGUAUUCCUGUUCAGUCAUGGGUCUACACUGAAGACUAUGGUGUCAUCAAUUUCAGCUUCUACAACGUUGUUGUGGGAAUCGAAGACCCUGCAAUGUUUAUACCUCCCAGCAACUGUAGGCAAGGCGGUUCCCUCAAGCAUGAUGACUUGAUCCAUACCAUGUACUGAUCGAUAUAUGAAAGUUGCACCGCAUAAAAAAAAACAUUUAUGCAUAUUAGACUUUUUUAUAUCAAUUUUUACUUUGAAUCUUAUGAUGUGAAAUUGAAUAAACGCUGGACUACUUGUAUUUCA